AUGCGACUCUUCUAUAGAGCGUCAUGGCUCACUCUCUUCUCCGCACUCGUCGCUGGCGACAAAGACUCGUGCCCAAUCACAAGCCAACACCUCAGCGAUCCUCCAUACGAAAACUUCUUCUUCUCAGACUGCAAUGUUGAUGCGCAGGUCGUUGUCACCAGUCCAGUCCCAGGCAGCGACGUCUCCAUCACCACCCCACGGCUGAUUAUCGCAUGGCCGGCUGGGAACAGUGGAAUAUGCACCUUCUUCGAGCCCCGAAAUGGUGAGAAGGGUAGCCUGGCUAUCGAGCUGGUCAACUCUACCCUUGGAACGCCCUUGGCUUCCGUGCAUGAAGAGAACGACAAGUCCGACUACCCCUUUGUGGGUGUUGAGGGUGUCUUAUCACUCAACUCCUCUGCAAACCUCACACUUGCUAUUCUCGGGAGCGUCAGAACGAUUCGAGAUUACACCGAGGGGGGCAACCUCAAUCCGCUUUUCCAAGACGCAGUCAAAGUCGCCAAGGUGAAGGACAAUACUAUUCAGUUCUCUCGGCUUUGGCUGGACAACACGACAACCACAACCCUGUCGCUGGAGCCUUGGGCGGACUCGAAGGGCAACAUCGACGUCCACGACAAGACGGCGAGUUUUAGUCCAGGGCUUUACAAAUUUUCUGCCUCCUUCAACUACCCUCAGAUGGAGCAGCUCAGCCCCCAAGAGGUUCUGAACAAGGAAUCUCAAUCCCUGAUUCAGGAAGACCCUUCCCAAGUCCAGUCUCUAUCCUUCUUCUCGUACACCGAGAAGCUGCUGGCUGGUGGCUGGAGGUUCCUGACCUACUUUGGUAGAGACAGCAUGAUUGCAGCCCUUCUUCUGGAGCCUGUGCUUAGCACCGGAAACAGUUCUGCCAUGGAGGCCAUCAUUGGAGCCGUGUUGGAACGUAUCAACCGUGAGGACGGUUCAGUAUGUCACGAGGAGAGUAUCGGCGAUUAUGCGACGUUCCAGAACCUGCAAAAAAGCAUUGUUUCCACAGACGCGGUUUUUGAUUAUCACAUGGUUGAUACAGACUACUUUCUGCCUAUCCUCAUGGCGAGGUACUUUAACACCUCAUCUGAUAGAGUCAAGCCGCUGCUAGACACCAAAGCUGGCAAGGUGAACGCUCAGAAUCGAGACUUGACUUGGAGAGACCUCAGCUACAUCGGCGCCCAGAAGAUCAUGAAGGCAACCGAAGCAUUCGAGAAAGACCCGUCGAUCAAGAACUUGAUUCAGCUCAAAGACAAUGAGGGUACGGGACAGUGGAGAGAUUCCCCAUCCGGCCUGGGGAAUGCUCGAAUCCCCUUUGAUGUGAACUGCGCCCUGGCACCAGCAGCACUAUACGCCAUCUCUGAGUUGGCAGGCAUGCCAGAUGUGUAUCCUGAUAACGCCGACACCAAGACAUGGAGAGAUGCUGCUACCAAGCGGGCUAAGGUGUGGGAGGACAAGACUCUGCCGCUUUUUCAGUACAACAUUACUACUGACAAGGCUGAGUCUCUUCUGGAGGAAUACACGAGCAAGAAUAAGUUCUAUGAUGGUCCAGCUCAGACGGAGGCCCUUGGAAAAUAUUCAUCCACCGGAAAGGUCAUUGAUUAUGCCCUCGCCAUCAAAACUAUCGAGUCCCCAGACAAGAUUGCUGUCACGCAUACAGACACAGCAUUCCGACUCUUCCUCCUCAACUCUGAAGAUGACGAGCAGUUGACCAUAUUUCUCAACGCAACUGCCAACGCGAUACUUCGCCCCUUCCCCGCUGGUUUGAGCACUCCGGUGGGAGCAGUUGUUGCGAACCCAGCUCUAUCCGGCGACGACGACUUGAUUAGCAUUUUCACCAACUCAGCAUACCAUGGCACCGUCGUCUGGGGUUGGCAAUUGGCUUUGAUGGCAAAGGGCUUAGAAAGACAGUUGAAAAGAUGCCUUGCAUGCCAUGCGAAGCGAGCACCUUGUCUCAUCCGUCACGUUCCCUCAUUUUGUCGAGACGAUGGAGUUUACAAUGCUCUGAGGAGUGCAUAUAAUCAUUUAUGGGACCUCAUCGAAGCGAACUUGGACCAGUUACAGUCCGAAGUGUGGAGUUGGACGUAUAGCAAGGAAGGAUACAAAUUCUCGCCCUUAGGUGCCCUGGCCUCUGGGACGGAGAGCAAUAUUCGACAACUGUGGAGUUUUAGUUUCCUAGCCGUGAAGAGGGAUAGUUCCUUUUCGCAGUGA